GACAGCGGUUUAGAAUCAGGCAGAACUGGAUUGCCAAAGUGUGGGCAGAGCGAAAAGAUGUUGCUAUGAAGAUAAAGCUUUCACAUAAAUGAUACUGCUACUAUCUUGAUCUAGUGCCCAUAAAAGGAAGAACCUCAGUGGACACUCAAGGGCGCCGAUGAUAGGAGAAUGCUUGAGACCUGGGAUUUAAACUUGAGUUACUUCCUGAAGGUAACACACACCAAAAAUACUUCUGAAGUUGCAGCUAACACAAUCAAAAAUACUUCUGCAGUAUCCUGGAAGAUGAAGGGUGUGUGUAUAUGUGUGUGUGUGAGAGAGAGAGAGAAAAUCACCACCUACUGAGAACCUCCUAGGUCUCACAUGGCUCAAGCUUUCUGGAAAUGUAUCUUCAUUUUCAAGCCAAUAUUAAGUGGCUUGAUUGUAUAAAAAGCUAUUAAAUAAUAGAAGAACAUGGAACUGAAUAUGACUUCAUCAUGGAACAGUCUGAUUCACUAAUAGUCAACCAUAAUGAUUCCAAAGAGUCAAAAACAGAUUCUCAGCAUCUGACUUGUAUGGAUUCCAGGGAUCCAUCCUUUGGGCAAAAUGGUUCUUCAAGAAUUUUACCAAGCACUACUCAUGAAACAGAAAAUUCACUCACAUCACAGGCUAUCCCUGGGGCCCUGAAUCAGACACAGACUCUUUCUGCAGAACAAUUCCAUCUGGUAGACCAAAAUGGACAACCUGUUCAAUAUGAACUUCAGCCACUGGGGGAUUCUAAUGCACAAAUGAUGAUUGUUGCCAGCCCUUCAGAAAAUGGACAGGUUCUUCAUGUAAUUCCAUCCACCCAGACAGGACUGGCUCAAGUGAUUAUUCCUCAGGGGCAACUUGUGAAUGUGAAUGGUCUGCAGGAUGUUUCUGAAGAGAAACCCAAUGACAGAAACUUACCAACUGUAAGAGUUGAUGCUUUAGCAGACAAUACCAGCAAUUAUAUUCUUCAUCCACAAGCAUCCCUUACAUUGCCCAAAAAGACAGUAACCAGAAUGCUUGAGGAACCCUUGCUGGCCCCUCUGCAGCCACUUUCUUCUAACACACCUAUAUGGGCCUGCCGUCUUAGGAGCUGUGAGAAAAUUGGAGAUUCGUACCGGGGCUACUGUGUAAGUGAGACUGAAUUAGAAAGUAUUCUAACAUUUCACAAGCAGCAGACACAGAGUGUUUGGGGGACCCGCCAGUCUCCAAGCCCAGCCAAGCCAGCUACACGCUUGAUGUGGAAGUCCCAAUAUGUCCCAUAUGAUGGAAUUCCAUUUGUCAAUGCAGGGAGUAGAGCUGUGGUAAUGGAGUGUCAAUAUGGGCCAAGAAGAAAAGGUUUCCAGUUAAAAAAAAUCAGUGAACAGGAAAGCAGGUCUUGCCAACUCUACAAAGCCACUUGUCCAGCUCGGAUUUACAUUAAAAAGGUACAGAAAUUUCCUGAAUAUAGAGUUCCAACAGACCCCAAAAUUGACAAGAAGAUAAUUCGAAUGGAGCAGGAGAAAGCCUUUAACAUGCUGAAGAAGAACUUGGUGGAUGCUGGUGGUGUUCUUAGGUGGUAUGUACAGUUACCUACCCAACAGGCUCAUCAGUAUCAUGAAUUAGAGACUCCUUGCCGUCCUUUGUCACCUUCCCCUUUUCCUGUGUCCUCUCUUGAAGAAGAGGAAUCUGCAGUUAGAGAUGAGAACUGUGCAUUACCCUCCCGCCUGCAUCCUCAAGUUGCACAUAAAAUUCAAGAAUUAGUAUCACAGGGAAUAGAACAAGUAUAUGCAGUAAGGAAACAGUUAAGAAAAUUUGUGGAAAGGGAACUGUUCAAACCCGAUGAGGUGCCUGAAAGACAUAAUUUAUCCUUUUUUCCAACUGUAAAUGAUAUAAAAAAUCACAUCCAUGAAGUACAGAAAUCCUUGAAAAAUGGAGAUAAUGUGUAUAACACAGAGAUUAUUCCAGCAACGCUUCAGUGGACUACAGACAGUGGGAAUAUUCUGAGAGAGACUGUAACAGUUACAUUUGCAGAAGGAAAUUCUCCAGGAGAAUCAGUUACCAACAAAGGAGAAGCACAUCAGACAAGUGGUUCUUUGUCUCCAGAGCCAGCCCACUUGCUGUCCUCAUUGUCCUCAUUUCAGCCAAAAAUAUUCACACAACUGCAGGGUUUGCAGUUGCAACCAAGAUUCACCUCUCCCGAAGGAUCACCAACUCUGAUAUCAGUAAAUAACCACCCUUCCUCCAGCCCUUCAAGACUUCUGGACUCAAUAGGAAGUGAUGUAAUGAAUAAUAAUUCUCUACUGCUUGGUCAGAGUCAUAGCCUUCAAACAGAUACAUGCCUAACCCAGAACAAUAGUGUUGCCUCUACACUAGAUAAUCUUCCAGGAUCAGAUCAAAAUCUGGUUGCAGUGGAUCAGUUGGUGGAAGAUGGAGAUAUUGAGCCUACAGAGAAUCUGGAAAGAAGUGUUCAUCAGAUUCUGCUGGGAGAUGUACAGACCAUUCCAAUACAGAUUAUAGACAGCCAUCCAGCUCUUAUUGAAGAAAACUCAGAAGGUAUAAUUUCUAUGAACCAAGUUAAAGAAGAACCCAAAGAACCAACAUUGUCCAUGGACGCAAAAAAUAAUUUGGACUGUAAGAAAUUAUCUGCUACCUAAAUUAUUGAAGCUCUUCAUAGUUUGCAAAUCUGGUGACUUCUGAUGCAUAAAAAAGAAGGUGAAUAUUGUCAAAGCACAGCAUUGUAAUAAGUGAACUGAAGACUGAUUUGAUGAGCAGCUUGGAUUUAAAACUGAUAAUGUUUGUUGCCAAUUCCAUAUUUUUACCUUAAGAGAUAUUUUAUUCCUAUUUUGUAUAAUUCUUAUGUUUUUUUGAUUAUCUGAUAAGGCCAGUAUUUCAAAAGAAAAUUUGAAUUUAUCCCUGUCUAUACACAAAUAGUUAUCUAAGUCAACCUCUGGAAAUAACAGUUUGGGACUUUUAAAGGCUGAAAGACCCACAACAGAAA